GUGGUGACCUGCCUGGGGCCGGAUUCCCAGCUCCAGCUCCUCCUCCCUCCAGCUCACACUCGGCUUGCUGCAGUAUCACGUGCAACCGCGCCGGGUGCAGGAUGGCGGCGGCGGCCGCGGCGGCAGCAGCGCUGGGUGUCAGGCUCCGGGACUGCUGCAGCCGGGGCGCCGUGCUCCUGCUCUUCUUCUCCUUGUCACCUCGGCCCCCGGCCGCUGCUGCCUGGCUGCUGGGUCUGCGGCCCGAAGACACUGCUGGAGGCCGCGUGUCCCUGGAGGGGGGUACCCUGCGUGCGGCCGAAGGCACCAGCUUCCUCCUGCGGGUCUACUUCCAGCCUGGGCCGGCGGCCCCCGCCGCGCCUGUGCCUGCACCCUCCCUGGCCCCGGGGGAGAACGGCACGGGCGACUGGGCCCCGCGGCUCGUGUUCAUCGAGGAGCCCCCGGGUGCGGGCGGCGUGGCGCCCAGCGCGGUCCCCACGCGUCCCCCGGGACCGCAGCGCUGCCGCGAGCAGAGCGAUUGGGCAUCGGACGUGGAGGUCCUGGGGCCCCUGCGCCCCGGGGGCGUGGCGGGCUCGGCCCUGGUCCAGGUGCGGGUGCGGGAGCUGCGUAAGGGUGAGGCGGAGCGCGGCGGCGCGGGCGGCGGCGGGAAGCUCUUUUCGCUGUGCGCCUGGGACGGGCGCGCUUGGCACCACCACGGCGCGGCCGGCGGCUUCCUGCUGCGCGUCCGCCCGCGCCUCUACGGCCCGGGUGGGGACCUGCUGCCGCCCGCGUGGCUGCGAGCGCUCGGGGCGCUCCUGCUGCUGGCCCUGUCCGCCCUGUUCAGCGGCCUGCGCCUGAGCCUGCUCUCGCUGGACCCGGUGGAGUUACGGGUGCUGCGGAACAGUGGCUCGGCCGCCGAGCAGGAGCAGGCGCGCCGCGUGCAGGCCGUGCGCGGCAGGGGGACCCAUCUGCUCUGCACCCUGCUCCUGGGCCAAGCCGGUGCCAAUGCCGCGCUGGCGGGCUGGCUGUACGCCUCGCUGCCGCCGGGCGUCGGGGGCCCCGGGGAGGACUAUGGCGAGGCGGGGGUUCACUUCCCGUGGCUGCCCGCUCUCGUGUGCACCGGGGCGGUGUUCCUGGGAGCCGAGAUCUGUCCCUACUCGGUGUGUUCGCGGCACGGGUUGGCCAUCGCCUCGCACAGUGUGUGCCUGACCCGGCUCCUCAUGGCUGCCGCCUUCCCGGUGUGCUACCCGCUGGGCCGCCUCCUGGACUGGGCGCUGCGCCAGGAGAUCAGCACCUUCUACACCAGGGAGAAACUGCUGGAGACGCUGCGGGCCGCCGACCCUUACAGCGACCUGGUGAAGGAAGAGCUCAACAUCAUCCAGGGCGCGCUGGAGCUGCGCACCAAGGUGGUGGAAGAGGUGCUCACCCCCCUUGGGGACUGCUUCAUGUUGCGCUCCGACGCUGUGCUUGACUUCGCCACUGUGUCCGAGAUCCUCCGCAGUGGCUACACGCGCAUCCCGGUGUAUGAGGGAGACCAGAGGCACAACAUUGUAGACAUUCUGUUCGUCAAAGACUUGGCCUUUGUGGACCCGGACGACUGUACCCCGCUGCUCACAGUCACCCGCUUCUACAACCGGCCCCUGCAUUGCGUCUUCAAUGACACCCGGCUGGACACGGUGCUGGAGGAGUUUAAGAAGGGAAAAUCUCACCUGGCCAUUGUCCAGAGGGUGAACAAUGAAGGUGAAGGGGACCCUUUCUAUGAAGUGAUGGGCAUUGUCACGCUGGAGGACAUCAUAGAAGAGAUCAUCAAGUCAGAGAUCCUAGAUGAAACUGACCUCUACACUGACAAUCGGAAAAAGCAGAGGGUCCCGCACCGGGAGAGGAGGCGGCAUGACUUCUCUCUCUUCAAGCUUUCAGACUCUGAGAUCAGAGUGAAGAUCUCGCCACAGCUGCUGCUGGCCACACACCGCUUCAUGGCCACAGAAGUGGAACCCUUUAAGUCUCUGUACCUUUCCGAGAAGAUCCUGCUCCGGCUACUGAAACAUCCCAAUGUGAUCCAGGAGCUGAAGUUUGAUGAGAGGAAUAAGAAGGCCCCAGAGCAUUACCUCUACCAGCGCAGCCGCCCUGUGGACUAUUUCGUGCUGCUUUUACAGGGUAGAGUGGAAGUGGAGGUUGGUAAGGAAGGCCUUCGCUUUGAGAACGGAGCCUUUACCUACUAUGGUGUUCCUGCCAUCAUGACCACUGCUUGCUCAGAUAAUGACGUGCGGAAGGUUGGAAGUCUGGCUGGAUCCUCUGUCUUUCUGCCCGUCUCUGUGUCUCGUACCUUCGCCUUCAGCAGAGGGGACUCCCUGGCAGGCUCCCCAGUAAACCGGUCCCCCUCUCGCUGCAGCGGCCUGAAUCGCUCUGAGUCUCCGAACCGAGAGCGCAGUGACUUUGGCGGCAGCAACACACAGCUGUACAGCAGCAGCAAUAACCUCUACACUCCCGACUACUCGGUGCACAUCCUCAGCGAUGUGCAGUUUGUGAAGAUCACACGACAGCAGUACCAGAACGCACUCACAGCCUGCCACAUGGACAGCUCACCCCAGUCCCCAGACAUGGAAGCCUUCACUGAUGGGGACUCCACCAAGGCCCCCACCACCCGGGGCACACCCCAGACUCCAAAGGAUGACCCAGUCCUCACACUCCUGAGCAACAGGACCAGCUUGCCGUGCAGCCGCUCGGAUGGUCUGAGAAGUCCCGGCGAGGUCGUGUACCUGAGGAUGGAGGAGAUGGCCUUCCCCCAGGAAGAAAUGACCAGCUUCGAGGAGCCCAAGACACAGCAACUCUCUCCAUCCCCUGCGGCGGCUCCCACAACAGCAGCUCCCGAGGCCGAAUGCUGUAGCAUCCAGCUGGGGCCGGAGGCCAGCCCUUGCAGCAGUGACAGUGAGGAGACCAUGGGCAAGAAGCUGCUGAGAACCUUGAGUGGUCGGAAAAGGAAGAGGUCAGCGGACGGAGAGAGAGCCUCUGAGGAAAACUCCAAUUUAACACCUCUGAUCACAUGAUGAGG